CAAGAGCAGGAAAGAAGAACAUAAUAUAGCCAGGAAAAGUAAAGACAAAAAGGAAAGAGUUGCUGAUACUCCGGCAAAGCGUACCCAUUUUGCAGCUCAACCUAAUCUUUCUCCAUAUGCACCUCCAAUGAUACCUAUGGACUGUGAUGAUGCCAUUGGCGGGGUGACGGGCGAACUUUUGGAGCAGAAUGCUCAAGCCUUAAAUCAAAUAUCCGUAAAUCUUUCAGCUUUUCAGAUACAGGAAAAUAUCGGUCUCCUCUGCCAAACUCGUGACAACAUUCUGAAAAUCAUGAACAAGUUGAGUCUCAUGCCAAGUAUAAUGAAGCAGAUGCAAGUACUUCCGGUGAAACUGAAAGAAGAGCUGGCUAAUACCAUCCUUCCCCGUUCAUCUCAUCGUAUGUUUUUUCACGAUCCUCUGCCUUCUGCUUAGUUUCCGAUAACCGAGCAGGGGAUUGCGGUUGAGCUGAUGUAGAAAAUAACCGGAGAUACGACCGACUCGCCAUUUGAGAAUAAGUUCUCUUCCCCCCUUUCUUGCAUGUACAAGGCAUGGUGUUUUCUUGGUGUCUUCAUUCUAUGGUUAGUUUGUUAGUUCAUGCAGGAGAAGGUGAUUUAAGGCUUUGCUUUGGGGAUAUUUAUAUUUCAUAAUUAAAUCAAGAGUGGAAAUAUUAUAUUUUAAUUUUUUCUUCUU